AUGUCAACGAUCGAAGCACCUCCUUCCCUCUACGGAUACGUUCGAAAGAUCACAGAACCAGAGUUCGAACGACUUGAAGAGAGAGGAGAAAAGUUUGUUGUUAUGUUUGGUUCAGCGUUCUGUUCUAAGUGCAGAAACAUGAGAGAAUCAUACUUCGAUGCAGCGAUGGCAUUAGGAAGACAAGGUUCUAAAAUCAGUUUCUCAUAUUGGGACAUCACAGAAAUGACACCAUCUUUCAGUCGUGAUAAAGACAUCUAUAUCUUAAUAAAUGAGCAACAUCGAAUUUGA